CUUCCGUUCUUUUAUUAUGAAGAGGGUGGUGAAGGGGUGGAGAGCUGUCUGAAGUAGUCUACUGAUGACCUCACGUUAGAAUGUGGCAGUGUGGUGGAACAGAGGCGCUGAUUGGUCGCCCGUGUCACAGCGGUACUUCAAAGCCGGAGAGGACCUACAAUUGUGGUGGAAUGGGCGGAACACAUCAUUGUAUUGCACACCUCUAAAAAAACACUGCUGUGAUUCAUAAAUAUAAAAAGAUCCUCUGAGGAGGGCACUUUUUGUGAUGGCAACUUCACUUCUAGGGGUGAGUCUAAGGGGUUUCUUGCUGGUUUAAUUAGUUAUUUUAUUGUCCAGCGGAGGGGAUUAACAUUGCUUCCGUCACACUAGGAAAGACAGUUCGUUGAUUAUGUUUUAAGCAAGUGGGUCACGAGUAAAACGCUGAGAUUCAUUUCGCAACGACAGAGAGACGCGCGCGGGAUAUAACUUUCUACUGAUGUGCACAAGACGCGCAUGUUGUUGUACAUGUCAUAUGUAACGUCAUUUAAUAGUUUUGUUAUAGCUACAUUUUGGUGCGUUCUAUUUCAUCUCAGUCUACAGGAGGAGCCGAGGCUAGGAUCGACUCCUUUAGCCAUGUUGGCUGCGACAUGCAACAAGAUAGGGAGUCCGAGCCCAUCACCAUCCUCCAUUUCGGAUAAUUCUUCAUCUUUUGGGAAAGGCUUCCACCCGUGGAAGCGAGCCACCGCCAGCAGCUGCAGCCUUGGGUCCGGCCUGUCCGGUUUUGGAGUGUCCCGUAACGGAGCUGGUCUAUCGGAUUCGUUUGGCACCAACAGCUCUCCCGGAUCCAGUGCCUUCUCCCUAACGUCCGGCAACUCAUCCACGCCCCACUUUGGAAACGACUAUUCUGUAUUUCAGGCCUCCGUUACAAACAGUUCUCAAGAACCCAGCCAUCAGCCCGUCUUCAUUUCCAAGGUGCACUCCUCAGUGGACAGUCUGCAAGGCAUCUACCCGAGAAUGAGCGUUGCACAUCCGUACGAGUCCUGGUUCAAGUCGUCCCAUCAUGGUAUCCCCACAGGAGAGGUUGGCACCACCGGCGCGUCUGCAUGGUGGGAUGUGGGAGCGGGUUGGAUUGAUGUUCAGAACCCGAGUGGAGCAGCUCUACAGUCCUCGUUGCACUCCGGUGGACUCCAGACAUCGUUACACUCUCCUUUAGGGGGCUACAAUUCCGAUUACUCCAGCCUAAGUCACUCAGCCUUCAGUACAAGUCCCUCUCCACACCUUUUGACAACCGGACAACACCUGAUGGACGGUUACAAGCCGGUGUUAUCCUCUUAUCCGGACUCCAGUCCGUCUCCAUUAGGCGGAGCAGGGGGGAAUAUGUUAUCUGGGGGGCCAACGGCCUCUCUAGCGGGGUCUCCCCGGUCCUCCGCACGGCGCUACUCUGGCAGAGCCACCUGCGACUGUCCCAACUGUCAGGAGUCGGAAAGGCUGGGGCCGGCAGGAGCAAGUCUGCGGAGGAAAGGGCUCCAUAGCUGUCACAUUCCAGGCUGUGGAAAGGUUUACGGCAAAACGUCGCACCUCAAGGCGCACUUGAGGUGGCACACCGGAGAGAGACCGUUUGUGUGUAACUGGCUGUUUUGCGGGAAGAGGUUUACGCGCUCUGAUGAGCUCCAGCGACACUUGCGCACGCACACCGGGGAGAAAAGAUUCGCCUGUCCGGUCUGCAACAAGAGGUUUAUGCGGAGCGACCAUCUGAGUAAACACGUAAAGACUCACAGCGCCGGGGGCUCCGCCGGGUCUGGCUCUGGCAGCGGGGGAAAGAGGGGAAGCGAUACCGACAGUGAGCACAGUGCACCGGGGAGCCCUCGAUGCCAUUCCCCCGACCUGUUGCAAGCUCCCGAAUCUACCCCGGGUACGGGAAACGAACGGCCUUUCUAAACUCUCUCGACUAAGUAUAAUAUCUGAGAAAACAUAUGAUCUGAGGGAAAUGGCUAAACUACAGUGGACAUACGUCGAGUAUGCGUAAUUAUGCUAAUGUGUGCAAGUUGAGUUAAUCAAGUGAUUUAGACUACUGAUCAAAUGAUAUCUCCUAGUAUCCUAUUGAUGACGUGGGGUGUACAGGUCAAAUACAGUACUGGUAAAGUAAUCCUGAAGGCACACUGGAACACUGGGGCACAAUGUAAACACAUCAGUGUUCUUCUAACGCACAGACUGAUCCAACCGGGGACGCCUAUACUUUGGUGUAUGUACCCUUUUGAGUGUUUUUACGCAACCUGGUUAUUACAUGGGUAUUACAAUAAGCAAGAAAUAGACAACGUUGUUCUAUCACUUGGUGAUAAUAUGUGUCCUGCAAUAUCGUGUUACUGCUGUGCUGACGUACUUUUAUUCAAAACCAAACUGUGGCACUUUAUUAGCCUGUUGAACACUGAAAUGAUCAGUACUCGUCCUUUUCGACGGCUCCUUUGUAAGAACAAAUCACUGUAGCUGUUUAUGUGCGGUGAUCCACGUUUUGUUUAUGUCCUGAUCUACCCUAUCGAACACUUCGCCUGUUUAUUAUUAAUAAUGGAGGAAAAGUUAUGUCACCCGUUGGUAAAACGCUCCACGGAUACUAUCAGAAAGAGCCUGUCCAAGUUUGUAAUGAAUACUUACAUUUCACGUCACUGCAAGGCUGUAUAUAAUGAGAAAUGUAAUAGCCUAGAAAAUUAUUCCGCACCAAUGUAAAGGUGAGUUAUGUAUUUGUCCAUGAGACGAUUUUGUAUAGUCAUUUCUAGUUGUACAUUUGGCUCUAGUAAAUAUCUGAACAUGUACGGAAGUGUAUUUUGACAUUAUUGUUUUAUUUUGUUUUGUUUGUUUGUCAGGAUAUAAAAAAUGUUAUUGUGGGGAGUUGUAUUUAACCACGAGUUUUACUUGUAUUUCUGAGUCUUUUAAUAGACGCACUUUGAAUUUAUUUGUAAGAAGAUUUCGAAAUCAUUCACUGUUUAUUAUUCUCAUCUUUUAAUUUAAGUAAGCAUGUUGUAAAGUGACGUUAAAUUCACAAGCAUCAUUUCUCAGAGACUGGCUUUCUAAUUUAAGCCACUCAAUAAAGUCGGUAUGGA